AUGCAGCCCUCGAUCAUCAAAGUGUCCCGGCCGUACUUGGCUAGCGGACAAAUAGAAUUGCUGCAGCAUCAGACGGGCAUGGCUGGUCCAGAGGGCAACCAAAAGAAGAUGCAAGGGUUCCGUCUUGCUCGAGGGAUCUGCCGCCAGCUGCAUUUCCCUAUAAACACGUUCGCUACCGCCAUGGUUCUAUUCCAUCGCACUACGCUUUUCAACCCCACUAAAGACCUGAGUUUGGUAGUGCUGGUUUGCUCGUGUAUCUUGUUAGCGACGAAAAUCGAAGACACGCCGAAAAAGUGCCGAGAUAUUGUAGCCUCAGCCUUCAAAUAUCGAAACCACGCUGCCUCGACCAAGGAAAUCGAUGACCUGCGACUAACCGUGCUCAAUUUCGAGCAGAGAGUGCUGCAGACCGACGUUUUCGACUUUCGGUUUUCUCAGGCCCAUCAAUAUGUUAUCAAAAUCGCCCACACUCUCAAGCUGGCCAAAAAAACUGCCUCAAUGGCAUGGACCAUCGCUACUGAUAUGUACGCCUGCGAAGUCGCCCUCAAACGUCCAGCGCACACGACUGCGUUCGCCUGUAUCGUGCUUGCUGCAAAGCUGCUGGACGAAAAGAUCUUCCCGCUGAACAGUGCGACCUACAAAUCCAGCCGAACCGCCGUCAACGAGUGCCUGAGUGAUCUGUUGAAAUUCUACAAAGCAAACUACCACGAAACACUCUUGAGCGCACUGGAGAUAGACGCCAGGCUAUUUGAUAAAAUCUACGAGCCCAUUCGACGUGAACAGGAAUCGCAAACCACCUCGUUCCCGCAACAGAGCUACUUUGGCCUGGCAAUCCGAGACUGGUCAGUUUCGGAAACUGGAACAGCCCGCUAUAUUCUCAACUGGGGGAUCAAAAACGUUGGUGACGAGCUCAUCAGCUAA